CCAGGGACACUGACGAGGCGCUGGUCUUGGCUUUAUUACGGAGUCGCAUCACUGACGGAGCUAUGUAAAUAAUCUAAUUAAAUUUACAUUUCAGUUAAUUCAGCUACCAUGGGGAAAAGAGACAACAGGAUUGCUUAUGUAAAUCCUAUAGCUGUUGCUAGAUCACGUGGGCCAGCUGCCUCAUCGGGUCCAUCAAUACAGGAUUACCUGAACAGGCCCAGGCCCACAUGGGAAGAAGUUAAAGAACAGCUUGAAAAGAAAAAGAAAGGCUCCCGCACUCUGGCUGAAUUUGAAGAAAAAAUGAAUGAUACAUGGAAAAAAGAGCUUCAGGAAAACAGAGAGAAGUUACUUGGGGGAAGUGAAGGCUCUUCAAAAAAUAAAGAGAAAAAACGGAAAGGAAAGAAGAAAUCCAACAGGCAUUCUUCAUCUUCCUCCUCUUCAUCAAGUUCUGAUUCUUCUAGCAGCUCCCCUGACUCUGAUGAUGAGGAAGAAAAGAAACAUUUGAAAAAGAAGCGAAAAAGGAAACACAGCUCUGCCAGGAAAUUAUCUGUGGGCUCUGAAUCACAAUCUGAUGUUGACAGUAAGGAGUCUUCAAAAAAGAAAAAAAAGAAACACAGGGAGGACCCAGUGAAAGACAAGGAUGACAGUUAUAACAGCAGAAAGAUGGGGAAAAGUGAGUCUUCAGCUGAUACGGACACAGAUACCGAUGUACUGUUGAAGAAAAAGAGAAGUAGUGAAGAGAAAGACAGAACCGCAGAUAAAUCAAAGAAGAAAAAGAAGCACAAGAAACAUGGAAGGAAGAAGAAAAAGAAGGUCUCUGGCUCCGGACUUCGAGUAACGUGUGAAAUGGAGUGUGCCCGGAUCAAGCUGCAGUGAGAAGAUAGCAUUGUACAAAGACACUGUAUUUUCAAUCUUUACCAAAAAAAACACAACUAAAAUUACAAUAAGAGCAUGACUUCACUACCCUGUGAUGUUUUCAGUUUUGUAAAAGUUUAUUUGAUACUGACAAACUGUUUUUUAAAUGUUCAACUCACUAGUCUGGAAGGUGUUGUUGUUAUUAUUAUUAUUAAAUGGGCUAAGCUGCAGUAUGUAGUGGUGAUUUGCCUAAUAUACACUUGUUGUUAGAAAUACAUGAAAUAGAGCUGUGAAGAAAACUUUAAUGUGUUUCUGGAUACUUGUUCAAUUUACAGCAUACAAGCCCACUUCUGGCAAAUCUGUCUAAUUAUCAAAAGAACAUACCUUCAGGUGCACAGAGGCAAUACAUUUUCAUUUGGUUUUCUGGCUGUUUUUCUAUGGUCUAAAAACUGUAGUUACAUACAGCAACAUACAUUUUACUAAAUAGACAUGAAUGCAAUUUUAAUAAAAAUCUGUUGUUAUAA